GGCGAAAGGCCACACCUCAGCUUUGAAGAGACAACACGACGCACAGCAUUCGCUCCGGAGGGCGUUGGCGCUUUACGCGCACUGACGCACGCAUCAUGCCAUAAAAGGUCGACAACAGCAUCCUCUUUUCUGCCACGGACCACCAUUUCCUCCCCUCGAAAAUUCGGCUCAAAGAUGUGGUUCGCUCGUCUUCUGUUCAUGUUCUUUCUCGUUGCCUAUUCCGUCAAUGCCAUGGAAGAAGGAGGAUCGUCUCCGUCGACACAGCGGAAUCCCAUAGAGGAAAGCCUUUCGCGCGGCAUGGCAAAGCUUGGGGUCAGCUCUAACGUAGGUGUAAAUACUCGCCUGACGAAUCAGAUGGCAAAGCUCCAUCUCAGCCCAGCAGGGGAAGCUAUGCCGUCCGCCUCGAGAUCAGACCAAGCGUCAGCUUUACGAAAGAAGAAAAUGAGAAAAGAAACAUUGGAAAGCUCGAAACCGGUCAAAUUCAAGAGGACCACAGCACGUAGAACGGCUCACGCUUUUCGGGACCUGCAAGACAAGCAGAGGGCCUCGCAGCUGGUCAACUUCGAACCAACCAGAAGCUUUUACGAACUUUUGAGAGCUAAAGAGGUUGACCGGAUUCAAGUUAUGCGUGCAGACUUGAGACAGGUAGAGCGUGAAAAAUUGGAGGCCUCAUCCGAAAUGAAACAACUGGAAGAAGAGAUAGAGUCUGCGAUGCAAUCUAAAAACCCAGAUCUGAAGGCCAUCAACAGCGCAAUAAGUCAGGCGAAAGACCUGAAAGAAUUCCUUCUGCAGGUCGAAAAGCUCGAAUCUUGGGGCGAAGGGCAAUUAACACGCCUCUCGAAGAAAGACAGGCGACUCGCAUCAAUGACAGUGCCGAAGCAAGAGGAAGGGCGCGAUGGGCCAAAUGUUUCGUAGGAGCAGCCACCAGACGGGGUCAAAAGGCGCAUUGCACCAAAGAGGAACUGAAAGUAUGGCGCUUCCGACGUCUGCAACAAAUUCGGCUGACACGGCUGUUGGGAUCAUUGCGAUGCCUAUUACUAUCCCCCGACACACGCUCUUCUGUAUUUCUCUAUAUCAAUCGAAUCACUGCUUUCUUU